AUGCAGAUCUUCGUCAAGACUCUGACUGGAAAGACCAUCACGCUUGAGGUCGAGUCAUCUGAUACCAUCGAUAACGUCAAGACCAAAAUUCAGGACAAGGAGGGCAUCCCACCAGACCAGCAGCGCCUGAUCUUCGCUGGUAAACAGCUCGAAGAUGGCCGUACUCUGUCUGACUACAAUAUUCAAAAGGAGUCUACUCUGCACCUUGUGCUACGUCUUCGCGGAGGUAUGCAAAUUUUCGUGAAGACGCUCACAGGAAAGACGAUCACCCUAGAAGUUGAAUCCUCAGACACGAUUGACAAUGUGAAGACCAAGAUUCAAGACAAGGAGGGUAUUCCACCAGAUCAGCAGCGCUUGAUCUUCGCUGGUAAGCAACUGGAGGAUGGUCGCACGCUGUCAGACUACAACAUUCAAAAGGAGUCGACUCUGCACUUGGUGCUCCGUCUCCGUGGCGGUCAUUCGAAUCUCAGCAUAUCUUCGACCAGAUCUAGUGUCGCAAUCGCGCCCAACUGGACCGGUGAAAACAUCACCGCUGGAAGAUCAAGAGCACUACCUGCAGCACACAGGAAUUCGAAUAUUAGCGGCGAACAUAGGAGCGGGCCCAUCGAUAUUUCAUACCCAGACAUAUUUUCGACGUCCACAGCCGGCGAAACUAAUCACACAAGUGAGAAUGGGAUGGAGUCAAAGACAAACGUUCCCAUCGACGCCUCCGAAACAUUCGACUCGACGAAGUCGCAGCGAAGCCAAAAGAUUCCGACGUCGCAUUCGCCAUCCCCCCAAAUUACGCCCCCGAAAUUGAAUCAGGCUAUGAUUGACGAAAAAAUUCAGACCUGUUUGAUGAGCUGCACUGAAGAACACAGCUCUUCGAGAAAAAAGAAGAACGCCGGAGGCGAGAGAAAAACUGGCGAGGUCUACAUCUUCGAGGUCAUUGGCGAAGAAAACCUUUUCAAAGUUGGGACCUCGGGCAACGACGUCUUCAAGCGCGAGAACGACAUCAUGUAUAAGUGUGAACUACCGUUGAAAAUUCGCUUCUGCUCCAAACGAGUGAACUUCUUCUUCAAACUGGAGUCCUUGAGCCAAGCAGAGUUAAGCGGUUUUUGCAUGCCCUUUGAAUGUCCAAAGUGCAAGGUCUGGCAUGGCGAGUUUUUUAAGUGCUCGUUUGAAGACAUCAGAGCCGUUGUCUCGCGCUGGGAGCGAUUCCUGCUGGAGGAACCGUACCAUGCUGAAACUGGCCGACUGAAACCCUUCUGGCGGAACCGGUUACUGAGCUUGCCGCCCAUAUGGACAGAUGAAAACAUUCAGCGACCUUUCUUGCACAGCAAACGGUGGGAACACUUUACCAAUCCCUCUCGCCUGCAGAAGUUUCUGUUUUAUUGCACGGUAUUUGUUGACUGGUUCCGUUCGCCGGAAUUUCGCAGUUAUUCCACCUGGAAGAACAUUUUACUGCUUUUGUGGCUGGCGCAAUUUCUUCUUUCGUUGUACGAUGUUGGACUUCAAGGCCAGUACCCGCGCACGAGAUUGCUUCUUCAAGUCUUACAGGCUGCGUUGCCAGUAUUGGUGGUUGAUUCGAAGGCGCCUCGAAAUUUGACAAAUGCGUAG